AUGUCUCACCAGCCUCAUGUUCACACCGACCGAGCUAGUUCUGUUUCUGAUGCAAUUCUUCCUUCAGCUUCUGUUUCACAUGGAAGUGCAAGAGCUUCUUCCGGAUCAAAUAAGAAAGACAUGACUUUGGCAGGACAUUUUGUGCUUGCCAAAUGUGUUGAUUAUACUGACCGAGGUUCUUUAUUGGUCUUAACUACAGGCUAUUACUGCUUUGAAAAAAGGGGCUCACUUGCUCAAGUAUGGAAGAAGAGGGAAGCCCAAGUUUUGUCCCUUUCGACUUUCCAAUGUGGUUGGGGAUUCUCAUCACCCCCGCCCCCACAUUCUUCUCAGAAGCUGAGUUGUAGGCUUUUAGCACAACGUGUAGAUUGGGCUUGGAAAGAAGAGAAGCGCCUUAAACUAACUAAUGUUUCUAGGAUUAUAUCUGGACAACGCACAAUUUGUAAGGAUAAAGAUGAAGCUGAGGUUUGGUUCAGUGGAUUGAAAGCAUUAAUUUCACGCAGUCAUCACCGGAAGUGGAAAUCGGAGUCAAGAAGUGAUGGUAUACCAUCUGAAGCUAAUAGUCCUCGAACAUACACUAGAAGAAGUUCUCCCUUGAAUUCUCCAUUUGGUAGUAAUGAAAGCUUGGCAAAGGAUAGUGGGGAUCAUCUUCACCUUCAUAGCCCAUAUGAAAGCCCCCCAAAAAAUGGUUUGGAUAAAGCAUUUUCUGAUGUGAUUUAUUAUCCUAUUCCUCCAAUGGGUUUCUUCCCUCCAGAUUCUGUGAGUGGUUCACUUCACUCAGUGUCACCAGGAGGAUCAGAGAGCAUGCAUGGUCAAAUGAAGACAAUGCCUAUGGAUGCUUUUAGAGUUAGUCUGUCAAGUGCUGUUAGCUCCUCUAGCCAAGGUUCUGGUCAUGAUGAUGGUGAUGCCUUGGGAGAUGUUUUCAUUUGGGGGGAGGGCACAGGUGAUGCUGUACUGGGUGGUGGAGCUCAUCUAGUUGGGAGUGAUUUUGGUGUCAAAAUGGAUUCUCUGUUGCCCAAAGCCUUGGAAUCAGCAGUAGUUCUUGAUGUACAAAAUAUCGCUUGUGGUGGGAAACAUGCGGCCUUAGUUACCAAACAAGGUGAAAUUUUUUCCUGGGGGGAAGAAUCAGGAGGAAGGCUUGGGCAUGGAGUUGAUUCUGAUGUUCCACAUCCAAAGCUUAUUGAAUCUCUAAGUAAUACAAAUAUUGAACUUGUUGCUUGUGGGGAGUAUCAUACAUGUGCUGUGACACUUUCAGGUGAUCUUUAUACAUGGGGUGAUGGCACUUACUAUUAUGGUCUUCUGGGGCAUGGAAAUCAGGUGAGCCACUGGGUCCCAAAAAGAGUCAAUGGCCCUUUGGAGGGCAUACAUGUUUCAUCUAUUUCUUGUGGUCCAUGGCACACUGCUGUAGUAACCUCUGCUGGGCAAUUAUUUACUUUUGGUGAUGGCACAUUUGGUGUUCUGGGGCAUGGAGACCGAAAAAGUGUUUCCUUACCAAGAGAAAUAGAGUCCUUGAAGGGGCUUCGUACUGUUCAGGCUGCUUGUGGUGUUUGGCAUACUGCUGCUGUUGUGGAGGUCAUGGUUGGAAAUUCAAGUUCCAGCAACUGCUCUUCAGGGAAGCUGUUUACAUGGGGUGAUGGAGACAAAGGUCGACUUGGGCAUGGUGACAAGGAAUCAAAACUUGUUCCAACCUGUGUCGUCGUGGCUCUUGUUGAACCUAAUUUUUGUCAAGUGUCCUGUGGUCAUAGUAUGACUGUUGCACUUUCUAGAUCAGGUCAUGUCUAUACAAUGGGCAGUUGUGUCUAUGGCCAGUUAGGAAAUACUCAAGCUGAUGGGAAGCUACCUACCCGUGUAGAAGGAAAGCUUUCAAAGAGUUUUGUAGAAGAGCUAGCUUGUGGUGCAUAUCAUGUUGCAGUUUUAACUUCAAAGACUGAAGUUUUCACUUGGGGGAAGGGUGCAAAUGGUCGUUUAGGCCAUGGGGAUACUAAUGAUAGAAACACCCCCACAUUAGUAGAAGCUCUGAAAGACAAACAAGUAAAAAGUAUUGCUUGUGGUACAAAUUUCACAGCAGCCAUAUGUCUGCAUAAGUGGGUAUGUGGUGUUGACCAGUCUAUGUGUUCAGGAUGCCGCCUGCCAUUCAAUUUCAAAAGGAAACGCCACAAUUGUUAUAACUGUGGACUUGUUUUUUGUCAUUCAUGCAGUAGUAAGAAAUCUGUUAAGGCUUCAAUGGCACCAAAUCCCAACAAACCUUAUCGUGUCUGUGAUAAUUGUUUUAAUAAAAUAAGAAAAACUACCGAAGCUGAUUCUUCAUCUCAGUCUUCUAUGAGCCGAAGAGGAAGUGUUAAUCAGGGGUCACUUGAGUUUAUUGGUAAGGAUGACAAAUUUGAUUCCAGAUCUCAUAAUCAACUUGCAAGGUUUUCUUCAAUGGAAUCCUUGAAACAAGUGGACAGCAGAUAUUCAAAGAAAAACAAAAAGUUGGAAUUCAACAGUAGCCGCGUCUCACCUGCUCCAAAUGGUGGUUCGCAGUGGGGAGCAAUGAAUAUUUCAAAAUCUUUCAAUCCUGUUUUUGGAUCAUCGAAGAAGUUUUUCUCAGCUUCUGUUCCUGGGUCUAGAAUUGUUUCCCGGGCAACAUCCCCAAUAUCCAGACGACCUAGUCCACCUCGUUCAACUACUCCAACCCCAACAAUAGGGGGACUUUCAUCCCCAAAGAUAGUUGUGGAUGAUGCUAAGAGAACCAAUGAUAACCUCAGUCAGGAGGUUAUUAAAUUAAGGUCGCAGGUGGAAAACCUGACUCGGAAAGCCCAGCUUCAAGAAGUGGAGUUGGAAAGAACAACUAAACAGUUAAAAGAAGCAAUAGCAAUUGCAAGUGAAGAAACUGCCAAAUGCAAAACAGCAAUGGAAGUGAUCAAGUCACUUACUGCCCAGUUGAAGGACAUGGCCGAGAGGUUGCCUAUAGGAGCAUAUAGGACUGUCAGAUCACCACCCUCUCUUGCUUCCUUUGGUUCAAAUACAGGUUCCAAUGACCUUACCAAUGCUUCCUUUGACCGAUUGAAUAUUCAAGCAACAAGCCCAGAAUCAGACGCAACUGGAUCCAAUAACCAGUUACUUUCAAAUGGAUCUAGCACCAUCAUCAACCGGAGUGUAGGUCACACUAAACAUAGUCAGUCAGAUGCUACUAGCACAGGUCACAUUAAACAUGGUCAAUCAGAUGCAAGUAGCAGAAGUGGAAGCAAAACAAAGGAUAAUGAGACUGAAUGGGUUGAGCAAGAUGAACCUGGUGUCUAUAUUACUCUCACCUCCCUACCAGGAGGUGUAAUAGAUCUUAGAAGAGUUCGCUUCAGUCGGAAACGGUUUAGUGAGAAACAAGCAGAACAAUGGUGGGCCGAGAAUCGGGCAAGAGUAUAUGAACAGUACAAUGUGCGCAUGAUUGACAAGUCGACAAUUGGUGUUGGGGGUGGAGACCUGGCUCAUUGA